UUUCGUGAUAUUGUCGAAAUAAUAGAGCCACAUCUCAUGGCCGAAAGGUCCAAAGCUAUUGUGGGUCUUCAAAAAUGCAAACAUCUCGGGAAAAAGAUCAAGGCACAACGGACACCCCAAUGGCCGGUACCGAUAACCACCGAUUUGCCCUCGAAGGAUAUCUGUGACGCGCUCGUCGAUUGUUAUCUUCGAACAUCUGAAAGAGUCUACAGAGUGUUGCACAUCCCAUCAUUCCAAAGAGAUUAUGGCGCGUUCUGGGAUUCUGGAACCCGACAUGAUCCCAUAUUUUUGGUGCAGUUGAAAUUGGUGCUCGCCAUUGGGUGCACAACUUACGAUGAUGAAUUCUCGCUACGUUCCUCUGCAGUCCGGUUGAUUUACGAAGCUCAAACAUGGUUUGCUGAGCCUGAAUACAAGGCACGUCUUGGGAUACCAUUCUUGCAAGCACACAUCCUGUUAUUUCUGGCCAGGGAAUUGCUGGGUGUGGACGGAGGAAUGAAUUGGAUCGCAGCAGGCACAUUGAUCCGAACAGCUAUAUACAUGGGACUACACAGAGAUCCAGUCCAGAUACCAAAUUUAUCCGGAUUUGCAUCGGAGAUGCGCCGCAGGUUAUGGAAUACGAUUUUGGAGGUUUGCCUUCAAUCUAGUAUGGAGUCCGGAGGACCUGCACUCAUCUCGGUCGAAGAAUUUGACACAGAGCCCCCGAGAAAUUUCGAUGACCAUGAUAUCGAUGCCGAGCACCCUAUACCCCGUCCAGAAAAUCAAUUGACUUCAUCGUCAAUAGCGAUUGCUUUCCGGAAGACAUUUCCAAUACGACUUGCCAUUGCCAAAUUUUUAAAUGACCUCGGCUGUCAAGGCUCGUAUGACGAAGCUGUCCGCCUAGAUGCAAGUCUGAGAGCUUCUUACAAAGAAAUGCGUCGGACCAUCCAGGGAUAUUCCAUACAACCUUCUCAAUUCGAGGUCCUCAUGCUGGACUUUGUCAUCCGUCGCUACCUCCUUUCAAUUCACAUCCCAUUUUUUGGACCGUCGUUUCUCGGGACAACCUACGCCUUCUCCAGAAAUGUUGUCAUCGAUACUGCCGUCAAAUUAUUUAAAUGUGCUCGUAUAUUAUUACCUUCAACAGCAAGCUCAUCACUGAACCAAACCACGUCACCAGAUCAAAUCGAUUUUGGGCGACUGACAAUAUGCGGGUCGGGAUUCCUUCACACGCCAUUCAUACAUUCCAGCUUCAUAAUAGCCAUUGAACUAAAAAGCCAAAUUCUCGAGGAAGACGGCCUGGGACCUGUCUCCAUAAGACCUGAUCUUUUAUCUGUCAUACAAGAUGCCAAGGCUUUGAGCUUGCAAUGUAUCAAGAUCGGUGAAACCAAUAUCAAGGGUUACUUGUUCAUAUCACUUGUUUCCACUCAGUUGGAUGCUCUGAUGCAAGGGGUCUCGGAAAGCGAACUUCCAAAGUUGUUAAUCAAGGCCGCCGAAGAGGCUGAAGAUAAAUGUCUGUCAAUUCUCGAGCCCCUGGCGGCCAAGGGUCAGAAUGAGAAAAUCGGAGAGGCCACUGAGCCUGAGUCUUCGACAUCACUUCCUGAUAUCAGUGAUGAUUGGGAUUCCAUGAUGACUGAUGUGAAUUUUGACUUCGCUGACAUGGAGCCUGUGAACUGGAUGUUGAAUAGUAUACCAUACGGUAUACCAUGA